AUGCUCGCCAUACUGACUGCCCUCCUGGCAACGCCCGCCCUGGGCGUUGUGCUGGAACAGAUCGCCUCAGUCCCCGCCGAGUGGACGCUGGUAAAUGCCGCCGACUCAAGCGCCAGCAUCACUCUGUCUGUAGCUUUGACGCGGAAGAAUAUCGAGCAGCUGGAAUCCACCCUGCUGGCCGUGUCGACGCCCGGGAGUGCCACCUACGGCCAGUUCCUGGACCGUGACGAUGUCGAGGCGCAGUUCCCGCUCGCCAACGACUCGGGGGUGGUCUCCUGGCUGGAAGACGCGGGAGUUACAAAUAUUUCUCGCCAGGGAGGUCUCGUCAAUUUUGCAACCACGGUGGAGACGGCAAAUGCUUUGCUCAACACCACAUUUGGCGUGUACGCGAGCGGCGCGACGCGCAAGACGCGCACCACGCAGUAUUCCAUCCCGGACGAUCUGACGGCGGAUAUUGAGUUGAUUGCCCCGACGGUGUUCUUCGGGCGAGCAAAUGGCGACCGCAAUGCAAAGAUUAUCGGACUGGUGAGCAGCAGCCAGAAGACCAACACGAGCGAAGGAACCGAUGUUUGCGACUAUGUGACGCCCGACUGUCUGUACGAACAGUAUUCCAUCGACUACACGCCAUUGGCAGACUCCGGCAGUCGAGUGGGAUUCGGCAGUUUCUUGAACGAGUCCGCGCUGUACUCGGACCUGGAUCUGUUCACCGAGUAUUUCGGCAUUGCGCAGCAGAGUUUCACCGUGGAGACGAUCAAUGGCGGGGUGAACAACCAGACCGUCGAUCCAGAGGGCGAAGCCGACUUGGACGUCGAGAAUAUUGUGGCCAUUUCGCAUCCGUUGCCGGUGACGGAGUUUAUCACUGGAGGGAGUCCUCCGUACAUCCCCGACGUCGAGACAACAACCGACGAGAACGAGCCGUAUCUGCCAUAUUACGAAUACCUGCUGUCCAAGAGCAACUCGGAGCUGCCGCUGGUCAUCAGCAACUCUUAUGGUGAUGAUGAGCAGACCGUCCCCCUGGCUUACGCAACUCAUGUCUGCAACUUGAUCGGCCUGAUGGGCGCCCGAGGCAUCUCCAUUCUUGAGUCGUCUGGCGACAGCGGCGUCGGCGGAGCAUGCAUUACCAAUGAUGGCACAAACACGACUGAUUUCACCCCCACCUUCCCCGGGACGUGCCCCUAUAUCACCGCAGUGGGCGGCACCCAAGAUAUCCCCGAACAGGCCUGGGUGGAUAGUUCCGGCGGGUUCAGCAACUACUUUGCCCGCGCGUCGUACCAGGUUGACGCCGUGGAAACGUAUCUGAGCAAAUACAUCUCAUCAGCUGUGAAGGAGUAUUACGCGCCUUUCACCAACUUUGAUGGCCGGGCGUAUCCGGAUGUCUCUGCUUUUGCUGGAAGUCCUUAUUACUUGACAUACAUCGACGGCGAAUUGUACCUCGUCGGCGGCACGUCUGGCGCCUCGCCCGUGUUCGCCGGAGUGGUCGCCCUGCUGAACGACGCCCGCCUGCGCGCCGGCAAGACGCAGCUUGGUUUCUUGAACCCCUGGCUGUACAGCUCUGGCUACAAGGCGCUCAACGACAUUACUACCGGCGGCUCGGUGGGGUGUGAGGGGGACGUCGCGGGGGCGGGCGUCAUUCCCUGGGCGUCGUGGAAUGCGACGGUGGGCUGGGAUCCGGCGACGGGCUGGGGGACGCCGAAUUUCGAGAAACUCAAGGAGGCGGUUCUUGCAUUGUAG